AUGGCGGACAGCCAGCAGCAUACGCCGGUGCCCCAGCAUACGCCGGGAGCUCCUCCCCAGACCCAGAAGUUAUCAGACGUCAUUCACAACUUCAAGCCCUGCAAGAGCUUCCGGAAUUCGAAACCAGAUGCCUCAAACUUCGUGACCUCCCUCGACUUCAACGACCAGGGCGAGCAUAUGGUAGCAGCCUGUGACGAUGAAACGAUUCAAAUUUUUGAUGUCAAGGAAGGCAAACACACCAAGACGGUCCCUAGCAAGAAAUAUGGUGUUCAUCUGGCCAGGUUCACCCACCACCCUCGCCAGGUGCUGCAUGCAAGUACGAAGCUUGAUGACUCUCUACGGCUGCUGGAUCUUCACAAUGAAGGAUACAUUCGUUAUUUCACCGGUCACACAGACAAGGUGACCUGUUUGGCCAUGUCCCCGGGCAGUGACUCCUUCAUUUCAUGCUCCAAGGAUGAUACAGUGACGCUCUGGGAUCUCGGAUCACGCAAUCCUCAGGGAAAAUUGAAACUCGCGACUCCCUACCUCGUGGCAUUUGACCCAUCAGCCUCUGUUAUUGCGAUCGCGUCGCAGGCAACGUCAGCGAUCCUUCUCCAUGAUUUCCGCAAUUACGACAAGGCUCCUUUCGCAACAUUUGACCUGGCUCAACUUGAGGAAGCCUACACCCCCUCAACCCGUGGCCGCGCCUGGACUCGACUCGAAUUCUCCAAUGAUGGAAAAUAUCUGAUGGUGGGGACAGAUUACCACGGCCAUUUUAUCCUUGAUGCCUUUGAUGGCCACUUGAAAUUCUUCUUGGUAGGCAAGAGCGGAUCGCCUGGCCGUGCAGCCCCGAUCUCUUCGACUGGAAAGCCACUGGGACAAGGCGAUGUUUGUUUUACGCCGGAUGGUCGAUACGUGCUUGGCGGCAACGGAGAACAGAAUGAUGUGCUUGUCUGGGACCUGCAGCAGACUGCAGAGUCCAAUGGCAUACUGCAGCCCAUGACUAGAUUGCCUCACCGUGGCCGGACCGCUCUCGUCGAGUAUAACCCUCGUUACAACAUGAUUGCCAGCGCGGAUAAGGAGACCGUGUUCUGGCAACCAGAUGAGCCGGCGAAACCAUCCGACAAAUAG